CGCACCGUGUGAACAAACAAUUAUAGCCCCACCUUUUUAUUUCAUUUUUGACUUAAACACCGCGUAAAGUCCCGCUUCAUACUAUAGAUCGACAAUUGCGGGAAGCGGGGUCUGUCAAUCUUCAAAUGGAGGCCUUCUUCGCCAUCAUCCAUCAUCACCAUCGAAUAUUUUGAUUCACUCCUCCACCACCGCCACCGCACAAAAAUGAUUAACCUUCUUCGGUCUUUCUUAUUCGUCGUUCUAAUUUCUGCAUCCGUUCCUACUAGUUAUGGUCAAGUUUCAGUCACACAACAAACAGCUGGUAUCAGCCCUACCGCCCAAGAUCCUACCUUUUCAGCUGGUUUAGAUGGAUUAAGUACAGGUUCCACAAUCGUAUUUACUGCAUUGCAAACAGGACCAUCGCCUUCAAUUUCACGUGAGACGGUAACAUUGACCGGAGAAGCAUUAUCGGAAUUACGAGCAUCUUUAUCCACAGCAGCAGCACAAGCAUCAGGAUCAGAUUUUGGCUAUGUAACAACAACUGGAAAUCAAAUUCCUGGAAUUGCUGCCACUCUUAGUGGAGGAUAUAAUAAUCCUGCCGAACGUCCAGAUUCGCAAAUUACAGUAACUGCUUCUGCUAUGCAAUCAGGUAAUAAUGCACCUUUGCCAGCUUUCGCUCGUUCUUCUGAUGCAUGGUUAAAAGGUUUCCUCGUUACAAGCUUUACAGUCUUCCUUGCUACUUUGAUGCUUUGAUGGAUUGUAUUCCGAUGGAUCAAUAUACCCUCCCCCUUUUCAUUUGCUCAACGUGCUCUUCUGCUUGGACUCUUUCUAAUCUUCUUUUUCACUCACUCAAACUCUUGUUUUAUAUAUUUACUAAAAGCUGAUCAAUGCAUUCUC